CCUUCGCUCGUGCGCAUGCGCAGUGCUGGGGUUAGUGACAGGGUCAGUCAAUGGCAGUUGUGUAAAGAUGUCGGCUGUGUGUUUCUCCUUGAGGCGCUCCGGAGUGGCCGCGAUGCGCUGCUCAGCUCUCACAGCGAGCGCUCGAUACGCACAGACAGCAGCAGCCGCUCAGCCACGUAUUAAGAAAUUCCAGAUUUAUCGUUGGGAUCCAGAUAAGCCUGGAGACAAACCACACAUGCAGACGUACGAAGUCGACCUCAACACUUGUGGGCCGAUGGUGUUGGACGCUUUGAUUAAGAUAAAGAACGAGGUCGACCCAACUCUCACCUUCAGACGCUCCUGCAGAGAAGGUAUCUGUGGUUCAUGUGCGAUGAACAUUAACGGUGGGAACACACUGGCGUGCCUGAACCGGAUCGACACUAACACCAGUAAGGAGACUAAGAUUUACCCUCUGCCUCACAUGUACGUGGUUAAAGACCUGGUACCGGACAUGAAUAACUUUUAUGCUCAGUAUAAGUCGAUAGAGCCGUAUCUGAAGAGGAAGGAUGAGAGUCAGCAGGGGAAGGAGCAGUACCUGCAGAGUGUGGAUGACCGACAGAAACUGGACGGUCUGUAUGAGUGUAUCCUGUGUGCCUGCUGCAGUACCAGCUGUCCCAGUUACUGGUGGAAUGGAGAUAAGUACCUGGGACCUGCCGUCCUCAUGCAGGCAUACCGCUGGAUGGUGGACUCUCGUGAUGAAUACACAGAGGAGCGUCUGGCAAAGAUGCAGGACCCGUUUUCUUUGUACCGCUGUCACACCAUCAUGAACUGCACCAAUACCUGCCCCAAGGGUCUAAAUCCUGGGAAGGCCAUCGCUGAGAUUAAGAAGAUGAUGGCGACAUAUAAAGAGAAGGCGUCGGCCACUGUGUGAUGCCGGUGAACUGAAUGCACUCAGAGAAAUCUGAUUGGUCACUUCAUGGCCUUGACUUCCUGCUUCUUCAUCUGCACACUACACACACACCCUCACACUCCUCACAGUAUUGAUACAUGACAGAGUUUAACCCAUGCUGCAUUCUUUCAUCUGUUACAGGACCUAUGAAGAAACAGUGUGUGUGUGGGUGUGUACAGGUGUGUGUGAGAGAGUAUGGUGGGCUGAGGUUGGGUGUGGUCCAGUCUAACAUAUAAUAUUAAAACACUUGUAUCUAUGAGCUGUGUUGAAUAUAUGUGUAAUAAAUGUGGGAAGUCCA